AUGGACUCGCCAGCAGACGGAGAGAGAUUCUUGUCUGAAGUCCUUUCCAAGCUCUCGCAAAGCAUAGCGGAGGGGGCGCGGUGGAAGCAGGAAAUCGCGGCAUUACGGCGCGAGCGCGAUGAACACGAAGCGCAAGCACGCGUUUUUGUCGAGCAUGCGGCUACUCUUAUGGGAACGCGUCCUGCUGAGGAAAAGACACCAAAGAGUCCGUGCAUCUUGGUCAACAAGCUCUUGUCUGACGAGCUCGGGGUUGUCAAGACGGACGUGAAGACAUUGCAGGAUCAAAGUGAUCUGCUUCGACUAGAGAUUGACGCUGUCCGGAAGGAGAACGUGGAGAGGACUGCUGAAAUCAAGAGUCGUGAUAAUAGCAUUCAGUCAUUGCGACGACAACUGGACGAAGCCCAGCGGCUACUACGAAUGGCGGAAAUUUCGAAUGAGAUGCUAGGCAAGGCUUCUGAUGACAUGGUUGGGUCCAUAAAGAAGCUUGAGGAAGAGAAGGCUGCGCUGCAAGAGGAGAACCAAAAGUUGAAGGAAGACAGCCGACUUCUGCGUACUAAAGAAGAGAAGAGAGCGUUGUUUCAGUCGACAUUAGAAAACCUGCAGACUAGCGUUCGCAAGCUUCCCCAAACUCACUUUGGCUCGACACUCGCGGGGUCUGCAGAGAACGCAGACCGGAAGUUGUCCCCUCGUCGGUCUGCGCCAGUAAUUUCGAAAGAGCCUUCGGAAGAUCCCGUUUCUUUCGCGGACUUAAGGGGAACUUAUAAUCAAUCCGUCUACGUUUCCUCGAUCCCCAAGACGCGUCGGGCGAAGUUUGAUUCGUUCCCCAGCGUGGUCAUAGAUGAUGACUGUAACAACUCUGCAUUGUUUUCGCGUAAAUUCCUUGCGGAGCACAUAGGUGGCAGCUGCCAACCGCUUGUCGUAAGGAUAACGAAUAGCCACAAAGAAAUCGCGAGAAGGUUGAACAUAAACUCGUUCCUAUGCCCGAACUUGGAUCUGAAUCCCUGGUGUCCCAUGGUACCGGGCGACCACGGUUAUAUGUUUGUGGGACUAGGGACAGAGAAGAAUAUUUUCGAGAUGCCUGAAACCCAUCAACUUUUUGUUGGGUUCGAAGGGCCGAAGAGGCAGAAGCUUUUCAGAUACAUGGGCGUAUACAAGGUCUCCAGGAGCGAUCCACUCCCCAUACAAGAAUGGAAUGUGCUCACCAAUCAUGUACGUAUUCUCCGCCACUUCUGUCAUACUCAUAUCCAAGCGGGCACCCAGGUCAAGGACGGAUAUGCCUCGUUGACGAAAACACGGACCUCAGAUUCGCGGGAUAUAGAAGCAAUACGCGCCGACUACGACAACGGGAAACUUGAAGUUCCUUGUGUCCUCCUCCAGUGCAUCGAUUACAACGACGAACUAGCAAGAUCCCUCUCUCAGAGGGUCAAAGUCACCAAGGUACUCUCGCCGACGAAACGACCGCGUGAGGAUGACGAACACGUACCCUCUAGAAAGCGUCGCUUAUCUUCAAAUCCCGGUGUCAUCAACGGAUGA